AUGCUGCCCCUCCUCGCCGCGCUGCUGGCCGCCGCCUGCCCGCUGCCGCCCGCUCGCGGCGGGGCCGCGGGCGCGCCGGGCCUCCUCGGGGCGCCCCCCAACGCCUCCGCCAACGCGUCGUCCGCGGGCGAUCCCGCCGCCGCCCCGAGGCUGCCGGCCCCGGCGGCCCCCGGAGCCCCCGAGCGCGCGGGCCCGGAGGCGGCGGCGCCCUGCAACAUCAGCGUGCAGCGGCAGAUGCUGAGCUCGCUGCUCGUGCGCUGGGGCCGCCCGCGCGGCUUCCUGUGCGACCUGCUGCUCUUCUCCACCCACGCGCCCGGCCGCGCCUUCUUCGCCGCCGCCUUCCACCGCGUCGGGCCGCCGCUGCUCAUCGAGCACCUGGGGCUGGCGGCGGGCGGCGCGCAGCAGGACCUGCGCCUGUGCGUGGGCUGCGGCUGGGUGCGGGGCCGCCAGCCCGGCCGCCCCCGGGCCCCCGCCGCCGCCGCCGCCGCCGGGGCGCCCACCGCGCUGCCCGCCUACCCCGCCGCCGAGCCCCCCGGGCCGCUGUGGCUGCAGGGCGAGUCGCUGCACUUCUGCUGCCUGGACUUCAACCUGGAGGAGCUGCAGGGCGAGCCGGGCUGGAGACUCAACCGCAAGCCCAUCGAGUCCACGCUGGUGGCCUGCUUCAUGACCCUGGUCAUCGUGGUGUGGAGCGUGGCCGCCCUCAUCUGGCCGGUGCCCAUCAUCGCCGGCUUCCUGCCCAACGGCAUGGAGCAGCGCCGGACCGCGGCCACCGCCGGUGCCGCCGCCGCCGCGCCCGCCGCCGUGCCCGCGGGGACCACCGCCGCCGCCGCUGCCGCCGCCGCCGCCGCCGCCGCCGCCGCCGCGGCCGUCACCUCGGGGGCAGCGGCCAAGUGA